AUGCCCCCAAAAAAGAAGGGGAAUGAUGGGCCUUCAAAGAAGACUCUUGAGAAGGAAAAGAAGAAAAUAAUUGAAGAUAAGACUUUCGGCCUGAAAAAUAAAAAGGGCGCUAAACAGCAGAAGUAUGUUCAGCAAGUACAGAAACAGGUCACCUAUGGCAACAAGUCCUUUCGAGAUAUGGAGAAAAUUCAGCAGGAGAAGGAGGCUCGCAAAGCUGAGAAGAAGGGAGGACCUGAUGAACUUACCCUGCUAUUCAAGCCAGUUACCGAGCUACAAAAGAUAUCGAAAGGAGCUGACCCUAAAUCCAUUCUUUGCAUAUUUUUCAAGCAAGGAACGUGUACUAAGGGUGACAAAUGCAAGUUCUCCCAUGACUUGACAAUUGAACGCAAGGCUGAGAAGAAGAACAUUUAUGAAGAUGAACGCAAUGAGAUGGAUGAUUGGAACCAAGAACAACUAGAAGAUGUCAUAACUAAGAAACAUGGUGCCCAUAAUAAGGGUCUUCCCCCUACAACUAUAAUCUGCAAAUAUUUUCUCGAUGCAGUAGAGGCGGGCAAGUACGGUUGGUUCUGGAACUGUCCAAACGGUGAAGGAUGUCACUAUCGUCACUGUCUUCCACCUGGAUUUGUCCUCAAGAAGGACAGGAAAAAGAUGGAGGAGCAGAAGGAGACCAUUUCCUUGGACGAACUCAUUGAAACAGAGCGUCGCGCUCUGGGAAUGAACCAAACUAAGGUUACCCUUCAAACCUUCCUGGCGUGGAAGAAGCGCAAGCGAGUAGAAAAAAUCGCCGCAGGGAAAGAAGCAAAGGAAAAGAAAAAGGCCGAUUUUGCCCAAGGUCGUAUGUUUGGCAUUUCCGGUCGAGAAAUGUUCGAGUUCAACCCAGCGUUUGUUAACGAAGGCGAGGAGAUCGAUGGCGAUAUCUGUGAUUCUCGGCUUCGUGAGCCAGAGGAAGGCGAAGUAAUGGAUUCUCAUUCUUUUCUGACGUUAAAUUAA